CCAGAGGCAAGACCAACCAAGAUGAGUGACCUGGGAGCUGUCAUUUCCCUCCUCCUCUGGGGCCGACAGCUUUUUGCAUUGUACUCAGGCAGUGAUGUCACGGAUAUCCCAGAUGACAGCUUCCUGAAGCCCCCUAUGAUCGCAAAUGGCUACGUGGAGCACUCGGUUCGCUACCAGUGUAAGAACUACUACAGGCUGCGCACAGAAGGAGAUGGAGUGUACACCUUAAACAAUGAGAAGCAGUGGACAAAUAAGGCUGUUGGAGAUAAACUUCCUGAAUGUGAAGCAGUGUGUGGGAAGGUGUAA